AUCUCAAGACUACCACUUGAUGCGAAGUAUCAUAAUUUUCUCUGUUCUUGCCGCUGGGCGAUGCCACCUCUGAAAAUGACCAAUAUAAUUCCUCUCUCCGACAUCCCAACCAUCGCCCUCCUCUACAAACUGCACCGACUACAACCUUCAUCGUCCUCCACGGCUAGAGCGUCACAAGUCUUCAACAAGAAGAUCUCAGUGAUUCGAAACGACAUCACAAAGCUUGAGGUUGAUGCGAUUGUGAACGCCGCAAAUGAGUCUCUCCUUGGCGGAGGAGGUGUUGACGGUGCGAUUCAUAGGGCUGCUGGACCAGAGCUUGUGAAGGAAUGCCGGACGCUGAAUGGUUGCCAUACUGGUGAUGCUAAAAUCACAAAGGCAUACAAGCUCCCAUGCAAAAAAGUUAUUCACACGGUCGGACCUAUUUACUGGAACACCAAAAAGACUGGCCACCAUACUCCACUACUGCAAGGAUGCUAUCGACGUAGCUUAGAGCUUGCAGUCGAAAAUCAAUGCAGCAGCAUUGCCUUUCCGGCUAUCAGCACCGGAGUCUAUGGUUACCCUAGCGGGGAAGCGGCGGAAACUGCACUCACCGAAGUUAAACACUUUUUAGAGAGUGGCAAAGGGGAUAAGCUGGAGAGAAUUAUCUUCUGCAACUUCGAGGCCAAGGACGAAAAAGCGUAUGAGGAGUGGAUUCCUCGAUUCUUUCCACCCACUGAAGAAGUUGAGAGUGGUUCCCCAGAGAAGGGUGAGUCGCUGGCACGGAGCUUACCCGAUCCACCUUUGAAUGAACCCCUCGCCGACGGAGAGCCGCAAGCUAAGAAGCAGAAGGUCAAUCCUAAACUCAGUACCCGCUUGUCUUCGCCUGAUGAAUCUUCUGGGGAUGAUUCGCCGGUUGAUUCCCAGCGAUCUGCUGCGAAUACAGAGCUGGACAAGGUCGGGGAAAACUAAGAAAAAUCAAUACCGAUGGAAUGGACUCUGAGCCUACUUUUUAGGACAAUGCUCCAGGUUGUUGUGAGCUUUUUCACAUUACGUUUAUGGUGUAUGGCGCAAUGAUGGAUGAUGGUGAUCCACCGCCAGUCUAACUCCAUGCUGGAAUUGCUUUACUCUGAGGCUCGAGCUCUUGAAUUUCAGGCACGAAGGAUUGACUGAUUGCAUUUCACGAUGGUUUCGAAAAAUGGUAUUCCUCACUGAGGAGAAUCGCAAACGAAAAGUAGUUGCCUUUUUAAAGUCCAAUACAAAUUUCUAAGCAUUUCAAAAUAAUCCAGCUCAAUUAUUGACAAUUCUUAAGUCCGC